UACCAAAGGAGGAGGAAUUGGCUGAGAAGAUUGAUUCUUUAUAUAUUUUUUACCUCUUCUUCCCAGAGUUGGCACUAGAAGCAUCAUCAUCAUCAUUUUCCAAAGUGGGGGUCGACUUUAAACCGAGCCACACCAUUGAUGUCUUAAGCUGUCGUGGAGCAGAGGAGUGUGUGAGUGAGAGUGUGAGUGUGUGUGUGUGUGUGUGUGUUUUCUCAAAGAGGAGAGCAGGCAGGGAUGGAAGAGCUCACCGCGUUCGUCUCGAAGUCUUUCGAUCAGAAAGUGAAGGAGAAGAAGGAAGUGAUAACCUACAGGGAGGUGUUGGAGACCGGCUCCACGCGAGCAGGGAGCAGGGAGUCUUUAUCCGUGGAGCCAGGAAGCCGAGAGGAGGCGGCGGCGGCAGGAGGAGUCACCCGGAACGUGGCGCUCUCGCCGGGCAGGGAGACGGACAUGCUCGGCCCGGAGAGGAUCAGGGACGCCGGGAGCCCCAAACUCAUAGACGGCACCACGGACGUGAAGGAAAGAAAAGAGGACUCGAAACCCAUCGAGGACGAGACACAGACAAAAAUCAAACAGAGGAGAAGUCGGACUAACUUCACAUUAGAGCAGCUCAACGAGCUGGAGAGGCUCUUCGACGAGACGCACUAUCCGGACGCGUUCAUGCGCGAGGAGCUGAGCCAGAGGCUGGGGCUGUCCGAGGCCCGAGUACAGGUUUGGUUCCAGAACAGAAGAGCCAAAUGCAGAAAGCAGGAGAACCAGUUACAUAAAGGAGUCCUGAUUGGAGCAGCCAAUCAGUUUGAAGCUUGUCGUGUAGCGCCAUAUGUCAACGUGGGGGCUUUACGGAUGCCAUUCCAACAGGAUAGUCAUUGCAACGUGCCGCCCUUCUCCUUUCAGGUGCAGGCGCAGCUGCAGCUGGACAGCGCCGUGGCUCACGCGCAGCACCACCUGCACUCCCACCUGGCUGCGCACGCGCCCUACAUGAUGUUCCCCGCGCCGCCGUUCGGACUGCCGCUAGCAACGCUCGCGGCCGAAUCUGCAUCCGCCGUGGCCGCGGCAGCCGCCGCCAAGAACACCAGCAAGAACUCCAGCAUCGCCGACCUGAGACUGAAGGCCAAAAAGCACACGGCUGCGCUGGGACUGUGACGCCAGGUGGCCGGGUGGACGCAAGCCGUGCACGCGCUAUCCGCCACAUACGCGAGACUGAGAGACGCUGAACACUCACGAAGUGAGACAACACAAGGACUAAGUGAGAAAAAAUUAUCCAAGGACGAUAUUUAUGAUUUUUUAAAUGAAGGACGGCGAGUAUAACUUUAAGAAUAUAGGCUAUUUAUGAGAUAAAGAAAAGACAAUGAAAGAAAAAGACUGUGACGUGAUAGCCUACGCAGAGGAGAUUUUUGGACGGGAAUGGAGAGCACGCGCUUCUUCAGGAGGACGUUCUGAGGAGGAGGAAGCAGCUGGGACGGUCGAUACUUUGUCAAACAAGGCGAACCAUUCUGCAGUUGUUUUAUUAUUAUUAUAUUAUUAUUAUUAUUAAUGUUAUGAUUUUAUUUGAACUCAAAUAGAGGCUGGCCUCGUUCUUAAACACUUUCUCUGUAAAAAGACAGAGCAGGUUACACAAAGUGACAUUAAUCCAAGUGUUUCUUGUCUAAAAAUCAAAAAAUGCCCAAGCAGUGUUAGAAUGAGCUCGUCUCCAUCUCUCCUCUCUCUCUCUCUGUCUUUGCUCCCCUCUCACUUGAAUGUUUGACCUUGUUUGGACCUCCUCUGGUAAAAGGUGAGACUAUAGGCAGAUUAUAAUAUAGGCUAUGUGUAGGCUAAACUCAGCUUUUCCCCAGCCACGAUAACCGGAUCUAGUGUCCAUAUAAGGUA